AUGUGCUCGUGCGCAUGGGACAAGAAGCACCGCCAAGCGACAUGCGAGUGCUUGCCGGGGUACUCCGGCGCGCGCUGCGACGCGUGCGACGCGCCGGCGCGCUUCCCCGCGAGCCCGCCCACCGCGCCGACAGCGCCGCCCUGCAAGUGCGACCCGCGAGGGGUGCUUGAUCCGGAGCGGGUCUGUGAUGAUGUCUGCGAGUGUAAAAGCAACGUGGUAGGCGAGCGAUGUGACACAUGCGCCCCGGGACACUUCGGUCUGAGCGCGGAGCUGGCGGCGGGCUGCCGACCCUGCUACUGCUCGCACAUCACUGACUCCUGCAGGCUGGCUGACCCUGACGAGCUGGAGCCGCCUAGAGAUGUUAUUCUACCCCUCGGAGAGGCGUGGCUGAUCUCCGACUCUGAAGGCAACGCGACGAUAGAGCCCUCUAUCGACGAGCAAGGGAAACCAUUCGUCAUCAGCUAUGAGGUAGAAGGGUGGGAGAACUUCUACUGGUUCACUCGCUCGUUCAGCGGCGAGCAGCUGGCGGCCUACGGGGGCGAAGUCCGGGCCUCCGUCUACUGGGGCAUCGUUAGAGGAGACACCGGGGGCAAUCCUACCUACGGCCCUGAUGUUGUACUUGUUGGGACAGAUGGCAGUAUGUUAGCAUACACGAACACCAGCCACGAAACUCCUGGACAGCUGCAGAUAUCAGUGCCUCUGCUCGAGGGGGGCUGGCGACUCCUGGGCGAAGACCAGGUGGCUACCAGGACACAGCUCAUGGAUGUGCUGCGAGACUUGAAGGGAAUUAUGCUGAAGGCGCAUUAUCAUUUUGAUCAGGACGAGGUCCGGCUGGAGUCAGCAGGAGUCCGCGGCGGCUCGGUCCCCCGCGAGCGCUGCGCGUGCGGACGAGCACACGCGGGCGCGCACUGCCAGCGCUGCGCCUGGACACACGCGCGGCUGCCACGCCCUGCCGGCUCCACGCCCAACUUUGACUGCCUGCCCUGCGCCUGUAAUGAUCAUGCUGGAUGUGAUACUGGUUUCUAUGAACAGCUGACAAUAGAUUCAAAAGUUAACUGCCGCCAAAAUGCGCAUUAA